AAUUACAGCAAAAUGUCAACACCUGCUGGAUUGUUUGCAAUAUAUAAUGCCUUAAGAAAAAUAUAUCCAAAUCAAACAAACCCAUUGCAAGUUUCAGCAUUAGUAAAAUACUGGUUGAAUGGACCAGAUCCACUUGAUUAUAUAACAAUGUACGCUAAUGCAGGGGAUGCUCGGUUAGGAAUACCUCCUCACUGGCAUUACAUUAGUUGUGGUUUAUCCGAUUUAUAUGGCGAUGGUAGAGUUCAUGAUGUUACUGGAAAUGAUGGCAUAAGUGGUUUUGGUUUUGAACUGACCAUGCGUCUGAAACGCGAUGCCGAUGAAGAUUCCCCACCAACCUGGCCUGCUGAACUCAUGCAAUGUUUAGCAAAGUAUGUUUUUAAAACAGAAACUUCAUUUUGCAGUGGUGAUCAUAUUUCUUGGCAUCAAGCCCUUGAUACUAAACACAAUUAUAUUGAGCACAUGUUACUUACAUAUGAUCCUCAACUUCCUGAGCUCAGUACUCCUUAUGGGUCUCUUAAUUUUAUACAGAUAGUGGGAAUUUGCGCAGAAGAACUUUUUGCUGCUCAGCAUUGGAAUGGUUUUGCUAUAAUUAAUUUAAUGAAACAGAUACCUGCAGCUGGUGGUCAUUGGUUGCUAACUGACAUGACUCGGUGUGAAAGUAUUUUUGCAUUUAAUCCAAGAUUAUUGGAACUUGUUGAAGUGGGGAUAAAUGAGGAAGGUUCAGAUUUAAGUGGUGUUAGUGCAAAUUGUUGGUGGUCUGAAUGCAGUAAAUUAACUAUUUACAGAGAAGCUUUGCAAGCCCAUAAUUCAUGUAAUAAUGCCCCAUCUCCAAAUAAUUCUGUAUUGUCUGUUAGAAUUCGAAGUUCAUCAAAAAGUAAUCUUCCUAAUCAAGAAGAACAACCUAGCACAGAUUCACUCAGUCGAACUUCAAACUAUAGUUGUAUUAAUGGUUUAUUUGCUGCGAAAUCUAUUCAAAACGGCAUUCAACUUAGGUUUAAUUUAGAGGCAGCUGCACUAUUUCCUCUAGCAAUCAGAGGAAGAUUAGCGCAUGGACGCCAUUUUACAUUUAAAAGUGUUGUAAGUGAUUCAGCAAUUACUUUUGUUACAAGUGAUGUAAUUGGUUCCAGUGUUAAUGACAAGAGCCCAUUUGCAGCCAUUCAAUCGUGGCUUCAGGUUUUGGUUACUGAUGACUUUCUGGAGAUUUUGGUUAAAGAUUUAGAGGAACUACAAAGACCUCACAAAUUAAAGUUACCACGACUUUAUGUUUGGCCAGAGCAAAAUCUUAUGAUAACAGUUACGGAUGAUGGAGUUAAUGUGUGAUAGAUAACAAUGACUUAUGAUGCAGUAAAUGUGUAUUAGAUAACCAAGUUCAUUAUUAUUUUAUUAUGGAGUACAUUUGUAUUAGAUAACUGAAUUCAUUAAAACUAUUUAUAAUUUUAUUUUUGUAACAUCAUUUUACAUAACUUGUUUUAAUUUUUUUUAAUUU